CUGUGCGCUCUGAUUGGCUGAGGCUGCAGUGAUGCUGCCUGCAUCCUGCUCCCACGGCCAGGAGCCAGGACACGAGGGGAGGGGGAGCAGCAGCAGCAGCAGCAGAGGCAGUAAGUGUGGCCGGGAUAUCAUCAUAACACUAGGGCGCAAAAUUAUCCCCUCCACCGUGUUCCUCGUCAGGAAAGAGCCGCUCACCCCCUCAUCAUGUCUGCAGGAACAGAAGGAGCCGCUGUGGCCAGCUCGUGACUGCAUCUUCAAAUCACAAACAAACAAACAAACAAACAAACAGCACCUGAAAACGCAGAGGCAAAGAAGGGACUCGUCACACCCCGUGAACGUCUCACUUUUCCAGCCCGUGGGGGAAUGAACAGACUAGGCGCCAACAUGCCCGUCAACGACCCUGAGAGCAUUCUGAGCUACCAGAGGCCAGAUGAAGAGGUGGUGGUUGACCAGGGAGGCACAAGCUCUGUGUUGAACAUCCACUAUGAGGAGGAGGAACUAGAAGGCCACAGGGCUCUGUUCGUGGGGGUGCGGAUGCCCCGGCAGAGCCAUCGUCACCACAAGCCCCAUGGUUCCCGCCACCGCAGGAGAGACAGAAGAGCAGGAAGUAGCUCAGCACAACAAAAGGAGGGAUCUGAGACAACACCUUCCAGUCAUGACACGCCGUCCCAGAGGGUCCAGUUCAUUCUGGGCGGAGAGGGAGACGCUGAACAUGUCGCUCACGAGCUUUUCACUGAGCUGGAUGAGAUCUGUGUGAAGGAUGGCAAAGAUGCUGAGUGGAAGGAAACAGCCAGGUGGCUUAAGUUUGAAGAGGACGUGGAGGACGGCGGCGAGAGGUGGAGCAAACCGUACGUUGCUACUCUGUCACUCCACAGCCUGUUUGAGCUCCGCAGUUGCAUCAUCAACGGCAGUGUGUUGCUUGACAUGCGUGCGGACUCUAUUGAGGAGAUUGCAGACAUGGUGCUGGACCACCAGGAGGCGUCUCAUGAGCUGGACGACAGCGUGAGGGUAAAGGUGCGUGAGGCUCUGCUGAAGAGACACCACCACCAGAAUGAGAAGAAGAAGAACCUGAUUCCUAUUGUACGCUCGUUCACGGAGGGAACCCGCAAACAGUCGGAGCUGCAUCUGUCAGCCUCAGCUCCGCAGCCUCCUCCAGCCCCAGAACCAGCUAAGAACGGUGCUGGACAGGACAGCAGUCAGGUGGACCUCAGCAAGGUGGACAUGCACUUCAUGAAGAAGAUCCCAGAGGGCGCAGAGGCCUCUAAUGUGUUGGUGGGAGAGCUGGACUUCCUCGAGAGAUCCAUUGUGGCCUUUGUGCGCCUCUCUCCUGCUGUGCUGCUCACUGGCCUCACUGAGGUGCCCAUACCUACCAGGUUUCUCUUCAUUCUGCUGGGUCCAGAUGGAAAGGCUCAACAAUACCAUGAAAUUGGACGUUCAAUGGCGACCAUCAUGACAGAUGAGAUCUUCCAUGAUGUUGCUUACAAGGCUAAGGACAAAGGUGACCUUCUAGCAGGCAUAGAUGAAUUCCUUGACCAGGUGACUGUCCUGCCACCAGGGGAGUGGGAUCCCUCCAUCCGUAUUGAGCCGCCGAAGAAUGUCCCCUCUCAGGAGAAGAGAAAGAUGCCAGGAGUUCCUAAUGGCACAGCGUGCCAGGUAGAGGAAGAACUACAUGCUGAGCACCAUGGGCCGGAGUUGCAGAGAACUGGAAGGUACAGGCUGUGUGCUAAUGAAUGA